AUGGACAAAGAUACGAGGAUCCUUAUCAUCGGCGCCGGUUGCUUCGGCACCUCGACUGCAUACCAUCUCUCACAGCGUGGCUAUACCUCCAUUCGCGUAUUAGACCGAUACCCCCCGCCCUCGUGUGAAGCCGCCUCGACCGAUAUCAGCAAGAUUAUUCGCAGCGACUAUAACGAGCCGCUGUAUGCGCGAUUGGGAAUCGAGUCCAUUUGCGCGUGGCGGUCGUGGCCAUUGUUCAGCGGACUCUAUCACGUACCUGGAUGGAUUCUGAGUGCGGCCAACUUGUCAAAGCCGUUUGUGGAGGGCUCUAUCGAAACGUGUCGGAAGCUUGGCGUGAAAGGCAUUGAGCUUCUGACUCCGGAGCAGAUUCGUACUCGCUUUCCUGUCGUCACUGGCAAGCUGGAUGGGUGGAAUAUCAAUGUCUGGAAUCCGACGGCUGGCUGGGCAGCGGCCGGUCAGGCUCUGGAGCGGAUGGCCAACGCCGCGCAGAGGAACGGCGUCGAGUAUAUUUCAGGAGAGACAAAAGGUUAUGUGCGACAAUUGAUAUUCGACGACUCAACCGGCGAAUGCAAAGGUGCCCUCACUGCAGAUGGCACCAUAUACGAGGCCGACCUGGUGGUUCUUGCUGCUGGAGCCUGGACACCGUCUCUAUUAGAUGUGCAAGGCCAAUUAACCGCGAAGGGCCACAGUGUUGCGCAUAUCCAGCUCACCCCUGCCGAGACAAACCACUAUUCCUCUUUCCCAAUCAUGGACAACCUGGAGCUGGGCUAUUUCUUCCCUCCGCAGAAAGACGGGGUCUUCAAGAUUGCCCACAGUCAGUUCAUUACCAAUACGCGACGGGACGCAAUUUCCAAGAUUACAACUUCGAUUCCACAUACCUUUGUCCAAGCGCCAAAGGACGGCCUUCCUCUUGAAAUCGAAGCUCAGAUGCGCCGAAACCUACGGCGUGUUCUGCCCGAGCUGGCGGACCGGCCUUUCUGCUAUACUCGUCUCUGCUGGGAUGCCGAUACGGCAGAUCGGCACUUCCUUGUCACGUCUCAUCCGACCUAUCAACGACUAUUUCUCGCAGCUGGCGGGUCAGCGCAUGGGUUUAAAUUCCUCCCUGUCAUUGGGAAGUAUGUAGCGGAUUUGCUUGAGGGAACACUAAAUGCGGAUAUUGCGGGCAAGUGGCAGUGGCGCGCUGGGCAGAAGGUUGAGGCGAAGAAUCUCGCUCAUAUGGACCCUGAAUUAGAAUUAGAUGAUCUCACAGGAUGGAGAGGACGACACGCUCGUGAAAGAAGUAGGACUUCUAGGCUAUGA